GCAUAUGAUAAUAACCCUCGGGUAUUUAAUCAAAUGUCCGACACCAAAACAUUAAAGUUGUGAAAAGAAAUAGACGUUAAGGCUGUGGACAAAACACUGAGUGAUUUUAAAUCGUGUCACAGAAAACUGGUCCACGUAACCAUGGAGUUUUUCCUCAAUGCCUUGCGAUCCAGAUGGUACCACCGUUACAGCGUACAGGACCCUUCCCCACCGGAACCUGUCCAGACCGUGUCUUGUAUAUCUCUCACUGAUCUAUCGGACAAGAAAGUCCGUCCAGUGUCCGUCCUAUCUGAACCUGGAUCGUCCGUCUUCAAACAGAAAACUAGGGGAUCAAAACGCCCCAUUUCGUCUGCCUCUCAACUUUCAUGGAACUAUGAGUCGGAGCUAAAAGUGGGAAACAGCUCACUCAGUUUAUCCGAUGGCGGUUAUUCGUCCAUGAAUGACAGUUUGGAGUCUCUGACACAUGCCGACAGUAUACAGAACAGGUCUUUGCGCAUAUGGAGAAAGCGUCGUCCGUGGCUCGCAAACAAACAUCGGAUGACCGGACAUAACAGCGACAACUCGACAUUAAUGGACAAAGGUUCGUCAGAAAGUAUUCUGGAAAGUGUCGAGGAGAAAUUGAAUGAGAACGUCCCAGAAGAGCCCCGCUUGCCCCAAAUCCGACCCCGAUCUGUUCAUUUCGAUUCGUCACUGUCCGAUUUUAGUGAAGAUGACGACAAAGAAAACAGAAAUUCAGACGAACUGAAGGGAUCUAUCAUUAGCCUAUCGCGACAGAGUAGUAUCCAUUUGAAGUCGUGGCAGAUGAGACGACAGAGGCGCGCAUUGAAAAAUAUGAGCAAGCGGACGAAUCGACGUUCGAACCUCGAUCUCCGCUUACACACACAGGAACGACAACCGUGAUCUGAGAUUUGAUCCGCAAACUGCCCAGGUCAACGUCAACGACUUACACAAGAUCCACAGACAGACUUUGUAUUUACUGUAUCGACUAACACAGAUAUACAAAUCUUAUAUAUGCCAGUUAAUUGACCGAUUUGGAUUUCCAAUUACGAAAAUCCAUGACUUCGAAAAACAGAUUUAGUUGAAGUAGAAUAUCGGUCUAGAGAAAUCUGUCUAGAUCUACUUCUGGAUACAAACUGAUGUACAGAGAUGAAAAUUUGACGUAUACAUAUACAUGUAUACAUUUAUAUUAAUUAAACGUUUCAUUUUCCCACACAUAAAUAAGUUAAAUAGUUGCUUUCAUAUAUUGUAAUGCAUUGCGUUUUACUGUAUUAAUCUUUGAAAUGGUGAUAUGUGUAGUCAAUCUAAUAAACAUGAAUAUCCGCUCAUCUACAACACAUUCAACUCCCACUCCAAUAUUGGAACGCGGGGGUAGAGGGUAGGAUAUAGUUUGAAUUACAUGAUAAAACAUGUUAAUCCUUGCUCAUUUCGUGAACACCCUUUGGUGUAUAUUUCGCAAGGACUGGUUGGUCUAUGAAGUUGGUUCUGAACUGAAGUUGAAAAUGAAAUGGUAUUUUUGCGUGCACAAGUUAGAAUGUCAUAUCUUCAUGAAUUUAUUUUCGACUUUCACCAUGAAGAAUAUCCUUGUUUGCUUGCUGUAAAUACAAUCAAUGUACAUAUUUACCAUUCCUUCUAGUGGUCACUGGGAUCAUACAGAUAUGUAUUGCAUAAAAUAUUGUACAAUUGUGUUAACUGUGCGCCAUGUAUCAUUGAUAUCAUAUACAUGCAUAUGUAUAUGUGUGACCUCUUGUUACACACGCUAGUGUGUCAGGGGGAUUUGAAUUAGAACGUGAACAUUGAGUUAACGUGCGCUGAACGAGACAAAGACACUAGUUACGUGACUUUGUGAUGUGUAUAUAUUAUUUCAUGUGUUUUUAUUGUUUUAUACUGGUAUUGUGCAUUGUUUAAAUUAAUGAGAGAGAGAGAGAGAGAGAGAGAGAGAGAGAGAGAGAGAGAGAGAGAGAGAGAGAGAGAGAGAGAGAGGGGGGGGGGGUAUAUUGUUAAAAA